ACAUCGCCUCUGCUCACACCAUGGCGGACCGCUACUCGUUCUCGCUCACCACCUUCUCCCCCAGUGGAAAGCUGGUCCAGAUUGAAUAUGCCCUGAACGCCGUCAACCAAGGUGUUACCGCCCUAGGCAUCAAAGCCACCAACGGCAUCGUCCUCGCAACCGAAAAGAAGUCCUCCUCGCCUCUCAUCGAUGCCGCUUCUGGAAGCAAGAUCUCGCUCAUCACCCCCAACAUUGGUACCGUCUACGCAGGCAUGGGCCCCGACUACCGCAUCCUCGUCGACAAGGCUCGCAAGGUCUCACACACAAACUACAAGCGCGUCUACAACGAAUACCCUCCCACUCGCAUUCUCGUCCAGGAUGUUGCCCGUGUCAUGCAAGAGGCUACCCAGUCAGGUGGCGUGCGGCCGUAUGGUGUCAGUUUGUUGGUUGCUGGAUGGGAUGACGGUGUUGAGCCUGAGACUGAGGCUGCCGAUGCUGCUGACGAUGCCGAAAAGAAGGCGAUCAAGGGCAAGACUGGUGGUAUCCUCAAGGGCGGUCCUUCAUUGUACCAGGUCGACCCUAGCGGUUCUUACUUCCCCUGGAAGGCUACUGCCAUCGGAAAGAGCGCCACUUCGGCAAAGACUUUCUUGGAGAAGCGCUACACAGAUGGUCUCGAGCUUGAAGACGCCAUUCACAUUGCUCUGCUCACACUCAAGGAGACUAUUGAGGGUGAGAUGAACGGUGACACCAUCGAGAUUGGUAUUGUCGGUGCUCCUGCCGACCACCUUCUCGGUGUUGAGGGUGUCGAGGGUGCUCAAGGUCCUCGUUUCAGAAAGCUCAGCUCUCAAGAGAUUGAGGAUUACCUGACGAGUCUGUAAUCUCGAAGCAUCAAAGGGCAUGGCGUUUUAGCAAAUCUUUCAUACAUGACGAGGCACGGCUCUGUAUACUAACUGUUGGCUGCGGAUAUGUCGGCCAAAAUGACAUUCACUUUCUUGUCAACCGUCUUCCUCAAGUGAUGUAUCGUUGUGUUGACCACCGACUUCUGACAUUCCAGACUCGGUCUCAUCAUGAUGGAGUGUGCCUGUUCUGCGUUUAGUCAUGUCGCCACUCCAGGAGUUGAUUGUGGACAUGGCCGAGUGUAUCUUCUCGUGAGACUAUUAUUGAAACUUGACCAUACACGAGUAUCCCCUUCUAGUGCAUCGUUAGUAACUUGGAAUUGGCUGUUCUCAAGCCAUGCACUUUAAGACAUUCUCAUCAAGGCUGACACUACAUAAAGCCUGCGUGCCAAAGUUAUGUCAAGACGUGAGUUGAAGAGGCCAUCAAGACAUCAAAGGGAAACCACAGCUUAAGAUAGGUAUGUCGAUAGUGUCA